GAGAAGAUAACUUCUACUGAAAAACCUUUUUUUUGUUCUCUAUAUUUUUUCUUAUAAAAAAAAAAUUAGUAAAUAAAUAAUUUUCUACAAAAAUGAUGAAAAUCAUUACUCUCCUUUUUGCUUAUAUUGCAAUUGUUAAUUCACUUGAACUUCGAACGAAUUACAUAGGCUGGAUGAAUAUAAGGGCAAGUAACAAUUUACGAGGAGUUCAAGUACGAGAAAUAAGAAAUGGAUACGAAAUUGAAUGGUUGGAGGAAUUUGACGAACAUACGAAUCCCUUAAAAGUUUACUUCAACUAUAUUUUCGAAGAUUCAGGUAAUCGAGAAAUUAUAAAUGUUGAUAAUCUAUGCGGUACAUAUAGAUCAGGUACUUUAGAAUUUGCCGUUCAACAACAUAUGCUUUUAAAGCUUGCAAACACAAGAACGUGUCCAAUAAAAAAGGGUACAAAAGUAAUUCUCAGAUCACCUGAUAUGUACUCAUGGCAAACAAAUAAUUUAGCAUGUGGAUUCGUUGAUGGAUCAGCGUAUAUAAAAAAGAAACAUUCAAACAGAGCUGGUCACACACCAUUUUUAUUAAGAAUGCAUUUUACAGGAUUAGUUAUUGGUCCCAACUGUGAAUUAUAAAUAUUUUUUCGAAAAUUUCUAAAUCGACAUUUUAGCAAAUAAUUGAUAAGAAAAUUGCACUGACAAUGAGAAAACUAUUUCUUUGACCAAAAAAUAAAUAUAGUA